AUGGUGAUACAAAUUGACAAUAGGCUAAAAACUUGUGAACUUACAUUGCCGUUGGGCAAGAUCAAGGGAAUAAAACGUACGACUAUUUACGAAGAUGAUUACUUUAGUUUUGAGAAACUGCCUUAUGCCAAACCGCCGAUCGGUGAACUCCGCUUCAAAUCUCCUCAGCCGGCAGGGCCAUGGACUGGUACACUUGAUUGCACCCAGUUCGACCUGAAACCAGUUCAAAAAGGCUUACAAACGAAGGUAAUUGAGGGCGUCGAGGACUGUUUAUAUCUUAAUGUGUAUAGCAAAAAGCUAAAGUCGGAUAAUCCUUUGCCGGUUAUGGUUUAUAUUUAUGGCGGGGCUUUUAGUGUUGGAGCGGCAACCCGCGAGACUUAUAGUCCAGAUUACUUUAUGACUAAAGAUGUUGUUUUAGUGACUUUUAACUAUCGUGUUGAUUGUUUGGGUUUUCUUUCGCUUAAAGACCCAAGUCUGAAUGUUCCGGGCAACGCUGGACUUAAGGAUCAAGUGCUGGCCCUUAGAUGGGUAAAACAGUACAUUUCCCACUUCAAUGGCGAUCAAAAUAAUAUAACAGUCUUUGGCAACAGUGUAGGUGGUUGCUGCACCCACUAUAUGAUGUGUACGGAACAGACAAGAGGACUAUUCCAUAAGGCUAUCCUCAUGUCGGGAACCUUUCACAAUUUGUGGGCCAUCACUCCACCCGCUGAUUUUGCAUAUCGUCUGGCUAAACAUCAUGGUUACAAGGGCGAGAAUAAUGAUGCCAAAAUUCUUAAGUAUUUACAGGGAGUUCCGCCUUUGCAAUUAGUUAAUUACAAUCUUUUGACGCUAGAGGAUCAUAAAAAUGGUUUGAUUAACGCCUUUGGCCCCACAGUAGAGCCAUUUGUGACAGAGGACUGUUUCAUGCCGAAAGUGCCAGUGGAAAUGGCUCGUGAGGCCUGGUCGAAUGAAAUUCCUGCCAUGUUGGGUGGCACCUCAUUCGAAGGUCUAUUUCUGUAUCCUGGCGUGGUGGCCAACUCGACAUUGGAUUUCCUGCCGAAGGACCUUUUGAGCGUUGUACCUUACGAAGUAAGGGUAAAGAAUACAAAGGAAAAAAAUUCGGAAUACAGCAAGAUGUUAAUUGAAUUGUACUUUGGAAAAGCUACGCCAAAUUCGGAGUUGAUGUUAAACUUCUUGGAUUACCAAUCCUACAAAGUGUUUUGGCAUGGCACAAAUCGUACUCUUCAUUCGCGUUUGACUUAUGCUCGAGCUGCCACAUAUUUUUAUCGCUUUGAUUUCGAUUCUCCUGAUUUUAAUUUCUAUCGUAAAAAGUUCUGUGGCAACGAUAUUACCAAAGGUGUUGCACAUGCCGAUGACUUAUCGUAUCUAUUCCGAAACUGUAACUCUUUUAAGUUGGAUAAAUCCUCACCAGAAUAUCGCACUAUUCAACGCAUGAUCGGUAUUUGGACUUCUUUUGCGGCUACAUCAAAUCCAAAUUGUCAGGAGAUUUCCGAGGUAAAUUGGCAACCUUCGACCAAGGAGCAGGCUCAUCUAGUACUUAAUAUUAGCAACGAUGUAAAGAUCAUUGAUCUGCCUGAGCAUAAGAAGUUAAAAAUUUGGAACAGUAUGUACAAACCUGAAUCAUUGUUUUAA